AUGGCUCAGAACGGAUCUUCGUCCAAGGAUGGACGCAAGCGCGUGCUCGUCGUGGGUGCUGGAGCAGCCGGCAUGUCCACUGCAUAUCAUCUUUCUCAGCAUCGUGACAAAUUCAAUGUGACUCUCAUUGACGCGGUCGACUAUUGUGGUGGUCAGGCCUUCUCCAUUCCAUUGGACAAGGAACGUUAUGGCGCCUCUUGGUGCAACCAAGGCGUUCAGGGAGGCUCCUACAUCUUCCACCACACUCUCACCAUGUUCCAACGCCAAGGUUAUCACGCGGACCCGGUUGAAUUGCAGGUCUCGUUUGGCAAGGAUGAGACAUUCUGGUCCAACGUCUUCCCAACCCACAUCAUGGUGAAGCACAAAAAGGAGGUGAAGCGACUAGUCACUCUGCUGAAGUUCAUGCGCAUGUUCGAGGUAUUCUUUGCACUGCUGCCACUUCGAUUGGUCUUCAAGCUGUUCAUGUUCUCCGAGGACUUCAUCAACAUUGUGGCCUUGCCCAUGACAGCUUUGUUCCUGGGCACUGGAAACGCCACACCUCAGACCCCAGCCAUCAUGUUCGAGCGGCUGUGCACCUCCCCGACCUAUGGCAUGUGGUACCCUCCUGAUAAGAACUCCGUCGUCAGCAACCAACCUCCAAUGGUCGUAUUUCCAAAAUUCUCGGACUUCUAUGAGACAUGGCGGAAGGAUCUUAUCUCGCGCGGGGUGACCAUUCGCUUAUCCACCGAGUUGACAGAAAUUGUCCAGCGAGGCAAGAAAGGAAUUGUCGUAAAGCUCAAGCCUCGCACUCCAGCGCCAGAUGGGCACAAUCCUGCCGGAGGAGACCCAGAUGCGCCCACCGCUGAGGAGACCUACGACGAAUUAGUACUCUGCUGUCUUGCUGACACAGCGAAGAAAGUUCUGGGAAAGACGGCCAGCUGGAAGGAGAAGCGAGUGCUUGGGUCGGCCAAGUUUAGUGACGACAUCACCAUCACCCACAACGACGCUGACUACAUGAAGAGGCACUACGAGAACUUCUACCGCGAGGACCUGGCCGUGGGCAAGACCAACGGUGUCGACCAGCAAUCUCGCCUGGACUUUGCCAAAACCAGCUUUCGCCCCAUGUACUACAUCAAAAUGUAUGACAAGGACAGGUCCAAGCUGGAGAUGUGCUUCGACACCACAAACUACCAGUCCCAAUUCCCCGAGAAUGUGCCAUUCGAGCAACACGUCUUCCAGACAAUCUACCUGAACAAAGAUCGUGACGGCAAGCUAUGGUCCGACAACGAGAUCGAUGAAAGCAAGAUCAUCCGAAAGGACUGGUGGCAUCAGCUCUGCCACUCCUGGACGCACUACAUGUUCGUCAUCCCGUGGAUGAUGUUCCUCCAGGCUAAGAACAAUACUCGCUUCGCUGCAUCGUGGACCCUGGUCAACGCCCACGAGGUCGCUGUCAUGUCUGGCAUCGCGGCGGCGGUGGACCUUGGUGCCGAUUACCCCGAGGAUCUCGAGAACGACAAAUUCGCUUUCUUGUGCUUCAGACUCUAUUACCUGCUUGCCUAUGGGAAGUGGUACCGACGAAGACACACAAAGGGCAAAGCUGCACCAGCCACGCAGGCGGCUAAGGAGGGCGCGAGCUGGGCGAGCGGGCUGUACGGAUCAAGGUACAAGGGCCCAGGUGUGGUUGAGCAGGAGAGGGCCACUUGGAGAGAGGAAGUCAAGCAGGGGAAUAGCACUAAGAAUCUGGCCAGUGGCAAUGCUCCUGGGCGCAGUCAGCCGUAA